AUGUCGUCUACCAACAACGUCGCCUUCACGGCGCCCAUCAACCCACCCGGCACCACCCCACUCUCGCUCUCUCAAGUCUGGGCCGGAUUACUCUUGAAAAUCCGGUCCGCCGAGACCUUUGUCGCCGCAGCAAUCGAGUCCACAGAUGUGAUCAGCGAAUCAACAGAUUCGCAAGGGAAUUCAGUCACCACUCGUGAAGUUCUAUUCCGCGAGACACAGAAAAAGGUCAAGGAGGUCGUGACCGCGUUCGAAACGUGUCGCGUCGAGUUUCAACAACCGGACGGAAGCCGGGUAUCCAAUGUCAUCAGCGAAGGUGCUGGCGGAGAACUCUACAUGACCUACGUCUUUGAGUGGAGGCAUCCCGGCGUCCCGAAGGAGGAAUUGGCCGCUCUGCUCGAGAAGGAGAAACGGAUGAGCCGAAUGGCGGUCGAAGGGACGCUCAAAGUUAUGCAUCAAUCUUUUGCUAUUUAA